UUCAAAAGGCUUGAUACCAUAAUGCAUUCUGCAAUGGUCUAACAAAUUCCAGCUUCUCUUCAAUCUCAUGUUGCACUCCCCAUUGAACUUGCAUAUAAACUCGAAGGUCUUUUUGUUAGUUACCUCUGUCCGCUUCUCACAAAUCUCAUAAUGGAAGGACUGCAGUUCUCUAAUGAACUUGAUGUUGCUCUUCUUGAACAUGUAAUUAGCAACAUCAGCGGCAGAUUCGGAUAGGUCACAAGUGCAGUAAAUUCCUCUGCAUUUCUUCUUCCUGAGGUUUCUGUUCAUCAUUGAUGAAUUUCUGAUGGGCUGAUUAUGUAACUUGGCAGUCGCUGCACAAGAUUUGAAUCCAGACUGAGUAGGGGAACGCAUCUGAGAGUGAAAGAGCAGUGGCAACGCCAAACCAGGAGGUGAACACUUUGAAAUACACCUUGAUUCUAAUAGUGAAGAAUCCUGGCAUGAACUCAACUUUGAAUUAUUUAGCCCUCAAGGAAUAAAAGAACUUGGAGAAAUAAAUUUAACACUAGACUGACUUCUGUGAAGCUCGGAGAAAUUAUUAAGAGUCUCUGCAUUACUCCUCAAGUUAAAUAACGAUUGAUGCUUCAAUGGGUAUGAUGAAGAAUCCGUAGAUGCCUGAACUUCUUCUCAUAAAGUGUUCAAUGGCUGAAUCAAGCGCCUUUCAUGUGUAAUAACACUUUUUAGAAGUCUAGCUGCUUCCUCUUGAUGCUUGAAUUGCUCACUUUUUGCUGAGCUUUUUUCUUGGUAUUUAAAUUGCAUUUUUUUUGUAGCGUAA